CCGUUUCGGCUCGCGCGAUCGCUCGGCCUCGCGGGGGCAGGAGAGUCAGCCCGAGGCCAGAGAGGCGGGGCGGGGCCGGGCCUCGUGCGCCGUCGGGCCGCGCGCGGCCAUGCAGGAGGGCGCUUACGACUUCGUGCUCAUGGGGCCCACGGCCGGCGUCCCCCGGCCGUCGGCGCCGCGAUCCUGCAGCACCUCGAGGGCGCGGGCUACAGGACCCUGGCGACGCGCAUCCGGCUGCAGGACAGGUCUGGCCUCGAGCGCUUCGCCCCCUCCUUCCCGCCCUCCCCGCCGCCUCGUCAGCGUCUUCGUCUCACCUUGGAGGAACGGGCGAGAGCGGUCUGGCGGCAGGACACCUUCUCUUGCCAUCUCGCCGGGGGUAUCGCGUUCCUCAGAUGCUGCUGCCAUUGAAGACACAUAACAAAAGGGACACAGGUCCGGCCUCGAGAAGCUCCUCGACGAGGCCCGCCCCAAGAUUGGCCUCAUCUGCGCCGCCGGGGAGCGGGGCCGCCCGAAUAUCUCCUGGUGCGACAGCCACCCGGUGGAGACGCUGGACGCGAACGUCACGUGCCAGCUCGCCGUGGCCGCGGCCUGCAAGGCCCGGGGGCUUCACUGCGUGCUGGUCGGCACCGGGGUGGUAUGGCUCGGAGGAGGCGCUCCCAGGCUACCGGUUCAAAGAAGACGACCCGCCCAACGUGAAGGAUCCGGGUGUGUACGUGGCCCUGCGGAUUCAGCAGGAGGAGCUGCUCAAGUACUUCGACAACGUCCUCACCCUGAGGGUGCUCUACCCGGUGAGCAGCGACCUGGACCCGAGGGGUCUCAUCGGCAAGCUGGCGCGGUUCCAGCGCGUCGACAGGGUUCAGACGUCCGUGACCAUCUUCGACAGCCUGUGCCCGCUGAUCCCCGAACUCUGCAAGCGCGGCGUCACGGGCGUGCUCAACUUCGCCAACGGCGGCACCGUCAGCUACGCCGAUAUCAUCGAGGACUGUUGGCGAGGCGGGCGCCCCAAGGGUGGCAACCGCCGCCGCUCGCCGAGGGCGCGGCGCGCGCCGCCGCCGAGCUGGACGUCGCGAGGCUGGCAGCGGCCUGCGGCCGGCCGGUGCCCGACGCCGCCGAGGCCGUGCGGGGGAUCAUCCGGGCGAUGCCGGAGGCCGAGCUCGGGCGCCUCCUGCCGAGCGCCUCCUGCUGAGGCGCGGCCCGGCGGGCCGCUCGCCCGGGCGCGGGCGCUCUGCCGGCGGGCCCCGGGCAUCCACUGA